AUGACCAAAGCCAAACAUCACCGCCGCAUAGCCUCACCUUCUUUCUUCUUCUUCUCUCCGUCGCAUAGCCUCACCGCCGCACCUCCUCCCUUGCCAAUACAGAUCUCUGCCCCGCGACUGAUCUCUGCGCUUGUGCCUCUGCCGCUCUACAACGCCACCGCCCACCACUGCCACCAGCUUCUCGGUCCCCGUCUUCACCCUCAACCCGUCUCAGUCGCCGGUCAUGAGCCCCCUCCGUCUUCACCAGUCACCACCGUCCAGUCACCGCCUUGCCUCAGGAGAAGUCCUAUAUCUGUUGCAGCUGCAAUUAUAUACAUGAUAACACAGCUUUUCCGAUUCAAAGAAACCAUUGAGAGUUCUUUAUUGCCCAUCCUUUACCAUCUAUGAAUAGACAAGAACGAGAAAAAAAUCAGUGAAAGUGAGACUUUAAGCCUGCAAAAGAGGUUGUUGCAACUAUCCAAAAAUCCAUG